CCUUCCUAUCAAGAGAGGAAAUGCUGUUACUAGUGGAGGAGGAUAAGGAUGUGUCGAGAACAGUUGCUCUUGUAAUCUACUCUCUUACCAGAGGCGAGAAACUCUGCUCGUGCAAGCUCCCCGUCGAAAUCUUCAACAAACCAAUAUACGGAGCAGGAUUCUCCACAAAACCUGAAUCUCGGCUUACGGAUCGCCGCCAUAUGUCACCUUCGACCAUGUUCAAGACGGAUCCUGCCCUAGCCAUGAUCUGCGUCUCCUUCCGACUCGCUGGCAAUCCAGAGUUCAUCUGUAUUGUCCUAGCAGUCGGGCCAUUCCGGAGAAUCUGCAAUGACUUGCUAAAAACGCACCCAAAUCGAGAUCAAUUUGACUGGGACGAAUGGGGCCCAUCAGUGACGUCCUGGAUACCUUGUCCAGCUAUCAAUGUGCCAGGGUACCGUUGCACUUCUGGUCCGAGGAUACUCAUGUCUGGAGAGUUGAGCGUAUUCUUCAAAGAGUGCAAUGACCCUCUAGGCCUGAUCCUAAUGGACUUCAAUCCGAGGCCCAUCAAAAGGCACAAUAGUAGCCAGCAAACCAAGGACUCUGAUGUCGUCGAGUUUGCGGAAGGACUAGAAUGGACGCAUCGCGAUAUCGAUUUCACUAUAAAGACAACGCUACCAUUCCGAGCCUUUGGAGGGAAAUCCCUGCCCUGCGAUUACAGCAAUUUCCAUUUCGAGGGGAAUACUAUCAUCUGCAGAAUG